AUGCUCGAACAAAAUCUUUAGAUUAGAGUCUGUAACCCUACGAUCAAAUGUACAGAAGAAGACAGUGGGAGUGAGCGAGGGUUCGAAACUCCUUACAUGGUCGGAUAUGGAUUUGCCAAUCAAGGUGGCGCAGGCCAUUCACGUCCUCAAUCACGACACUCACUCCUGCAACCGCGUAACUGCAAAUCAGUGGCUGGUUCAGUUCCAGCAGACCGAAGCUGCCUGGGAGGUCGCUAUCUCACUACUCACAUCCGAUCAGCCGUUCAUCGCUGAUUUUGAGGUUGAAUUCUUUGCUGCCCAGAUGCUCAAACGAAAGAUUCAAAAUGAAGGACAUCAGUUGCAAGCAGGAGUUAAAGAUGCUUUGCUGAAUUCUCUUCUAGUGGCUGCCAAAAAAUUUAGUUCAGGCCCUCCUCAGCUUUUAACACAAAUCUGUCUUGCACUUAACGCUUUGCUGCUGUUUGCUGAGCAUGGAAAACCUAUUGAGCAGCUUUUCUAUAGUCUCCAGAAUCUACAGAACCAGGAUGAUGGCAAUCUUGCUGUUCUCGAGAUGCUUACUAUUCUCCCGGAAGAACUUGUUGACAAUCAAAUUACUGAUUAUAACAAGAGUUCAGCCUGCAGAAGCCAGUAUGGCCAAGAGCUUCUCAUGCAUACCUCCAUGGUUCUUGAGUUCCUACUCCAACUAUCCCAGAAAAGGUUUGAUGAUAGUAUUCCGCUGCAUCAAAUGAAUAGAAAGAUUCUCCGCUGCUUAUUGAGUUGGGUUCGAGCUGGGUGCUUCUCAGAGGUUCCUCAGGGCUCUUUGCUGGCACACCCACUUCUAAAUUUUGUAUUCAACUCUUUACAGAUUUCAUCUACAUUUGAUCUGGCAAUUGAAGUUCUUGUAGAACUCAUUAGUCGACAUGAGGGGCUACCUCAGAUUUUGUUGAGCAGAGUACCUUUUCUUAAAGACGCUCUUCUUCUACCAGCUCUUGCUGCAAGAGAUGAGAAAGUGAUUGGUGGUCUUGCUUGCUUAAUGUCAGAAAUUGGGCAGGCUGCACCAUCUUUGAUUGUAGAAGCAAGUGCUGAAGCCCUUGCACUUGCAGAUUCGCUGUUGAGCUGUGUGGCAUUUCCAAGCGAAGGCUGGGAAAUUGCAGAGUCAACAUUACAGUUUUGGUCAUCUCUAGCUAGCUAUAUACUUGGCAUUCAUCUGGACAAUGCAAAAAAUGGGCAUCAUCCAGAAGAUUUUUUUUCACCUGUAUUUUCAAUGUUACUAGAUGCUCUUUUGUUGCGUGCUCAGGUGGACGAUUCUGCAUUUGGUGAAGAGAGUGGAAUCCUUGAUCUCCCGGAUGGUCUUGUCCAUUUCAGGAUCAAUCUUGUUGAGCUUUUGGUGGAUAUUUGCCAGCUUAUAAGAUCUUCAAAGUUUGUACCAAAGCUUUUUCUCGGUGCUUGGGCAUCUGCAAGUGCACCAAUACUUUGGAAAGAGGUGGAAACUAAAUUGUUUGCUCUUAAUGCGGUCGCUGAAAUUGUUCCGCAAGAAGGCCAAAGUUUUGACUUCUCUGCCAUUAUGCAGUUGGUGACUAUGUUAUCCAGUUCGCCCCAUGAUGAGCCUAAAGGAAUUAUGCGCAUUGUAUACAGGUCACUUGCGGAAGUUGUUGGUUCCUAUUCCAAGUGGAUAUGCACUUUUCAAACCAAUGCUAGGCCUUUACUAAUGUUUCUCGCUGUAGGGAUUUCCGAGCCUCUGUCCUCAAAUGCUUCUGCCUUAGCAUUGCGUAAAGUUUGUGAAGAUGCUUCUGCAAUAAUCUGUGAACCAAUGAAUCUGGAAAUUUUAAUAUGGAUAGGAGAGGCUUUAAGGAAAAGAAAUUUAUGUUUCGAAGUUGAGGAAGAAGUUGUCAUUGCAGUAAGUCUAGUACUUGGCUCUGUUCCAAACAAAGAGCUGAAGAACAACUUGUUGGCUAAGUUGCUUUCUCCUAGCUACGAAGCCAUCGGUAGCCUAAUUGAUGAAGAUCACAGCUCUAUAAUAAACAAUGCGGCAACUUAUGCACAAGUUUUGAGCGCUGCAGGCAGAGGGUUGCACAGGAUGGGAACUGUACUUAAUCAUAUUUCCACACAUGUGCAACCUGCUGCAGAUGAUCCUGUACUUGUAGUCCUGGGGGUAUUUUGGCCCGUCUUAGAAAAGCUCUUUAGGUCUAAGCAUAUGGAGAACAGCAAUUUAUCUACUGCUGCUUGCCGAGCUCUUUCACUUGCUAUUCAGUCCUCUGUUGCUUGCUUUGCAGGUCAACAUUUUGAAACAUGGCUACCCAAAUUACUAGAUUGCUUGACGACAAAUUUUUUGUUAUUUCAAAGUCAUGAUUGCUACAUCAGAACAGCUUCUAUUGUCAUUGAGGAAUUCAGUCAUAAAGACGAAUAUGGACCUUUAUUUGUCACCACUUUUGAAAGAUUCACGCAAGCAGCAUCCAUUGUCGGUCUUAAUUCUUCCUAUAUAUGUGAUCAAGAGCCUGAUCUGGUGGAGGCGUACACCAAUUUUGCAUCUACAUUUGUUCGCAGUUCUCCUAAGGAAGUAUUAACUGCAUCUGGUUCCCUUCUAGAAGCUUCCUUCCAUAAAGCAGCUAUAUGUUGCACAGCUAUGCAUCGUGGAGCCGCACUUGCAGCAAUGUCAUACUUGUCCUGUUUCCUAGAAGUGGGCCUAGAUGCGUUGUUGGAACCAAUUACUUGUCUCUCUGAUGGAUCAUUCAGUGGCAUGGCAGUUCAGGUCAUAUCUCACAGUGGUGAGGGGCUGAUGUCAAAUCUGCUAUAUGCUUUGCUUGGCAUUUCAGCGAUGUCACGGGUUCACAAGUGCGCAACAAUCUUGCAACAACUGGCUGCAAUUUGCAACUUAAGCGAGAGAACGACUUGGAAGGCUGUUCUCUGUUGGGAAUCUUUGUGUGGAUGGCUACACGCAGCGGUCCAGGCUCUUCCAGUUGAGUAUUUCAAGCAAGGAGAAGCUGAGACAUUAAUCCCAAUUUGGUCAAAAGCCCUUGUUGGUGCUGCCUCAGAUUAUCUUGUGAGCAAGAACUGUGAUGAUGGAAAGAGCAAUUAUGGGCAUAUGCAAGGGAAAGGGGGAAGAGUUUUGAAGCGUUUAGUUCGUGAAUUUGCUGAUUGUCACCGCAAUGUCCAGAUUUGAGCUGAUUGAGCGCAGCGCUUCAACCAACAAGCGUCAAGAGUUGUGCAAAGAUAAAAUGCUUGAAUUUAUUGUAUAGCAUUGUGUAACAUUCUUUGGUAGUCUGCCAGAAUUGCUAGGAACUUUGAAUCACAAGAUAAUGAUUUACAGCAUUGUCUUGUCUUUAAGGUUAAUUAAAGACAAGACGAGGGCCAUCCUGUUUUCCAGCUUUACGUUGGUGUGGACGGCCACCCAAAGGAUAUACAUCUUUGAUUUUGAUUGUAUACAUAUAUAAGUGGACUGUGGACCUUGUAUUUGGGACUAAGUUAUUCAUUGCUCACAAAGUGUUCCUCUGUAGAAAGUAGAAACAUAUUAACUACCAAGUUGGGAAUGAAGCUUUCUAGUUGUGGAUGAA